AGAGACCAGAUAGUCGUCCUCCCGGCCUGGGCCCGCCCCCCACCCCCGGCAGGCGGGCUGGGCGAGUCACGGAGGGCGUGGGGCGGCAGGGGGCGGCUCCUGACACCUCAAAUAGGCCCCUCAGGCCCCGGGGCGGGCGGGCAGGCUGUACUCGUUCGGUAGCUCGUUGGCUCGCGAUGGUUGUGGGGACCUCCUGGAUCAUGGGCCCUUGGUGGGGCAUCAUCCUCCUGUGCUCGCGGGGCCAGGGGCAGGAUCCCUCCCCGUCUAUGCGCUGCGGCUCCGGCCAGAUCCUGCACCCGGCCAGUAGCGUCUGGCGCUGCUGCAGCCAGUGUAACUCGAGUACCAAGGCAUGCCAACCUAACCAGCUGAAGGACUGCACCUGUGCCAUACCUGGAGAGUACUGCACUAAGUCUGACUGCAAAUACUGCAAGAAGCACCCGUGCUCCCCUGGCCAACAGAUCCAUAUCAAAGGGGAGUUCCUAUUUACAUUCCUUUGCAAGGACUGUGAAGAUGGAACCUACUCAGAUGGCAUCGAUGGCAACUGUGUGCCCUGGACCGACUGCUCCAGGAGUGGAUUUCUCACUGUCCGUCCAGGGAACAGAACCCAUAAUGUGCUGUGUGGCUUGGCUCCACUCCCAGGACCAGGUUUCUUGGAUUCCUACAACAUCCCCGUGGCCAUCCUUACAGGCUUAACUGUUGUUAUCAUCCUGAUUGUCUUAUUCCACCUGGUCCUCCACAUCUGGCCGGUGAAAAGGGAGCCCUCCCCCAAAGAAAGAGAACCCAUCUUGCCCCUGGGGCCUGGGCCCCCUGAUGAUAUCGGCAACUGCCCUUUCCCAGAGGAGGAAUGGGGGGAGAAGACAGCAGAGGACAAGGUCCAGAUGGGUCAUCCAUGGGUAUGAAGAUUCUGCCCUGAUUUGCAAGCCUGGCACAGUCUGGAACUUUGGAGGGGACACCUCAGAGACACAAGGAGAGAAAACAAUUUCCUGGACUGCCUCUCUUUUCUCUCUUCUCUCCUCCCUGAACUUGGAGCUUGUUCUGCUUGAGGGUAGGCUCAGGUGGUCUUACAUGCAAACCAGAUGGGUUCCACCCUAAACAAGAACCCUUAGAUUGUGAGAUGGUUGAAAGGACCUCGGGCCGGACAAGUGGAAACCUGGAUGUUACUCCAGAUGUGGGUCCAAGCCUUGAGCUUCACAAAGGAAGCAUCAGGAUUGGGGGGACCAGUGUGAUGACACCCCAACCUGGAUCCUGGCACUGAAGAAGGAAGAGGAGGAGGAGGAGGAGAAGGAAGAGAAGAGCCAGCCCUCUGGCAACUUCAACUGUGAAUGUAUUAAUUCCCCAGAGUGGAAAUUGGGGAGGACACUCAUCGAGCUGGAUCCCAGACAUGCUAUUUCUUCUCCCACUUUUGGACUUUUCCCAGUCUGUUCUCCAUGUCUGGAAUGUUCUUCCAUCUUCUAGAAUCCCUUUUGUGGGUUGUUUUCAGUCAAUUAGUCAUGUCUGACUCUUCAUGAUUCCAUUUUGGGGGGUUUUCUUGGCAAAUAUCCUGGAACACUUAGUCAUUUCCUUCUCCAGCUCAUUUUCCAGAUGAGGACAUUGAGGUCCACAAGGUUAAGUGACUUUUCCAGUGUCACACAGCUAAAAUGUGUCUGAAGCCAGAUUUGAACUCCUGACUCCCCCUCCCCAGGCCAGUACCCUGGGGACAAGGAGGAGGAGGGGAGUUAGGGAUAAGUCCUUAAAUCCAGAGACUGAGUGAUCUCUAGCCCUAGUCCUUAAUCCUUUGUUGGCCUUAGCAUGCAGCUAUGGAGCAGUUGAACUUAUAAUCUUUGUGUCCCUUUGACACAAGGUGAAGGAACUAAGUGGCGUGUCUGGAAGAUCAGAGUUCAAAUCUUGCUUCAGACACUUACUUGCUUUAUGACCCUGGGCAAAUAAUUUUACCUUUCUCAGACUUAGUUUCCCCAUCUGUAAAAUGCAGAUACCUACCUCAUUAGAUUACUGUGCAGAUUGAAUAGGAUGACAUUGUACAAAACUGUUACAAGCCAUAAAUCACUAUUAUUACCCUUAACUAGCUGUUAUUAUGUGUCCAGUGUCAGGUUCAAGCAGAGACCAGAAAUCUUUUGUUUCCCCUUCAUCAGUCUCAGCAGCAAGGGCUUCCCUCCCUGAGAGGGACCCUCCCAGGUUCGUCUUGAGUCUCACAGCCCCUCUGUGCCUCUGCCUGGUUCCCCUCCCUUCUGCAUUAGGGGCAAACUUGAUCAGGGGGGAGAGCCUUUGAACCCUCUCUCUUUUUCUAUCUUUAGGACCGUUGUCCUUUGAUUACAAUAACAACCAGCAAUUUAUAGAGCAAUAUGUUCUUUCUCAUUUCAUCCUCUUAACCCUGUGAGAAGGGUAUUAUGGUGUUGGCUUCCCCCCACCUUCCUCCACCAGAGCCAAUUGCAUCAAUGUAGGGAGCUCCCAGGUGAGGAAAGUCCAUCUGCCAAGGUAGAUUGUCACCUUUGCAACUCAGAGUCUUAGGGCUAACGGAUGUCAUCACACGUGUGUUGGGGGAAGAUUUGACUUAAAAUCUUCUUGGCUUUGAGUCUAGAAUAUUGUCCUGUCUGCCCAGCUGCCUCUAGAGGACAUGAUUAUUUCAUUUAUAGAUAAGGAGCCUGAGUUUCAGUAAGGAAGGGGAAGGCCCCUAGUGAGUGUCUGAAGUGGCUUUUGAACACACAUUUCUGCUCACUUGAAGCCCUGCACUCGGAAAUUCCCAUUGCUGUUCAGUCAUUUUCAGCAAUGUUUGACUCUUCAUAACCCCAUUUAGGGCUUUCUUGGCAAAGGUACCGGAGUGCUUUGUCUUUUUAUUCUCUAGCUCAUUUUUACAGAUGAGGAAACUGAGGCAAGUGGGGGAAGAGACUUUCCCAGGGUCACACAGCUAGGAAGUGUCUGAACUCAGGAAGAUGAAUCUUGCUAACUUUCAGGCCUGACACUCGAUUUGCUGUGUUACUUAGCUGCCCAUUUCCCACUCCCGCCAUCUUUAAAGGGAUGUCCUAUGAUCUCUUUCCUGUUUUCCAGAAUCUUUUCCUUCUUUCAGGCCCUCACUGCCUCACUGCUCAGGGGACCUAUUUUCCAUGUCAGCCAGACUUGACCUGAAUCUCUGAUCCCUUAAGGAGCUUACUCUUCAAUCUCAUCGUUUCUGCCUCCCUAACCUCUCUUCAGGAGUUCCCCUUCCUUUACUCACUGGGAUACCAUUCCAGUUCAUCCCCUUACUACCUUUCACUGGGAUUCCUGCAAUGCCCCAAAGGUACCUCAAAUUCAACAAGCCCAAAACAAUUCAUUGGCUUUCUUGUCUCAAGUCUUAAGGAAGGUGAUUUGGUGCAGUGGAAAGGAUGCCAGUUUUGGAGUCCAAGGGCUUGGAUUCAAAUCCUGACUUCUACUUAUGACUGUGUGGCAUUGGGUAAGUCACUUCCCAGUUUCCUUCCUUUUAAAUGAGGGGGCUGGGAUAGAGGACACAUGGAAAAUUGUGCCAGGUUUGGAGUCUAAGCCCCUAGAUUUAAAUUAAUUGGCCUCUCUGGGACUCAGUUUCCCCAUAUAUAAAACGAAGGCACUGGAUUAGAUGGCUUCUCCUGCCCUUUCUAGUCCCUUCUUCUAUCCAUCCUCCCCACAAUUGCCAAAGUGAUUUUCUGAAAGCCAGGUUAGACUACAGUGCUCACUCCCCUGAUCAGUAAACUCCAGAGGUCUCCUGUUGUCAUUAGGAUCAUAGUACAAAGGCCUCCCAACAUGGUUCUCCCUACCUUUCUAGCCUUAUUCCACAUUUAUCUCUUUCCAACACUUUUUGAUCAGGCUAAACUGUUUUUUUGCUCUUCCUCAUAUGUGACACCCCAUUUUGCUUUUCCAGGUGUCUGCACUAACAUGCCUGGAUACACUGCCUCUUCCUCUCUUCCUCUUUCAGCCCAUUGUUUUUCAAAAUUCCCUUCUAGCAGCACUGUGAAUUCCUUCCUGAUUCCCUCAGUUCCUAGUGGCCCCCAUUUGUAUUUGGAGAGUCCAGGGAAGACUAACACCUCUGGUAGAAGGGCUUGCUGAGUCCUUUUCAGGGCUGCUCAGCCACCUUUGGUCUCUACCCAUUGUCAACUCUCACCUGUGGCUCUAAGAAGCUGAAGCCUGUGCAGCAGCCCUGGUAAACUGUCUUGGUGGAUGAGCUAAACCAAGUUAAGGAUAACCAAGGGCACAAAACCAUUGGUAAGUUAGAGUGGUACCUCCCCAAGCAUUGAAGACUUCCCCUGGCCGAAUGGGCAUGAUAGAACAAAUUUUCCCAAUGGUCAUGAAGGUGGCUUGAAGGGAGUGCUGUGGAGUGCUUAGAGCUUGGUUGGCCAUCGAGGAUGCUGAGGUCAUUAGUGGUAUCCCAGGCCACCUCCAGUCAUCUUGACUUUUGUCUCGUUGCUGGAUUUGGAUGACUCUGGAAGAGAGUGAGUAAGGCUGAUGAUUUUGUGUAACUGCCUCACUUCAACCCAAUUUACUAGCAAGUGAAGACACUGUUCUGUCAUUGGUCCUUGUUGAAAACAAGUGCACAACAGUUGCCCCCAUCUAAAUGACCCUGUGUUUAUUUUGUUGAUGGUUAUUUGUUGUUUCCCAAUAGAAUGGAACCUUUUUGAGGGCAAGAAUGGUUUCAUUUUUGUAUGGGACAAAUAAUAAAUGCUUGUUAUCUCACUGGUUGAUAA